UUGGACAUUACAGUGUUAACUUACGAUUAUAAGAUUUCUGCAAGUGCUAACAAGAGUAUAUUUCACUAGGUGGCACUACUCGCUUCUAUAUUACGUACAUUCUUAUGUCUAUGUUCUGCCUUUAACGGGUUCUGUGAUUUUGGCGGUAAAUAUUUUUAGGUUAUGUGAGUGAAGUGACAUUUAAGCAUUGUGUUAAGCAUCUGCUCUGACUUUUUUUUCAAAACUACGUGUUAUUUUUAAGGUAAGAUUGUAUUUUUAUUUAAAAGCGUGUAGUUAAGACACUUAUAGUCCCUAAGGUAGAUCGCGUACAGUAAUAGGGAUUUUAAUUUGGAUUUAAUUACGCCUGUCCAAUAACUAAACUAGAAAACUUGCUGAAUUCUAUUAUGGGACACCUGUCCAAUCACUAGAUAACUAUACUUACCACAUAUUUCUACAAUUUUCAACGUGUUUAUGUAUAAUUAACUGGAGAUAGCAGUAAAAUUAAUUUAGUAAUCGAUUUGACAGUUAUUGGACAGCUGUCCAAUAACUAAAUUUGACCGUCCAAUCACUAAAUUGAUUUUUUAGGAUUGUAGUAAAAUGCCUAAACUUAGAAAAUACGAUAAGAAUAAACUUAUAGAAGCUGUUAAGGAUGUCCAAAAUGGCACUGAAUCGUAUAGAACAGCUGAAAAAAAAUAUGGAAUUCCGAAGUCCACUAUAGAAUUUAAAUUAAAACAUCCGGAACAUAAAGAUACACUUGGACCGUCUCCUAUUUUAACUUGCGAGGAGGAGAAUACUCUGGUUAGAUGGAUACAAGAAACCGCUUCAAAAGGUUUCCCCAAAAAGGCUAACGAUUUAAAAAGCAGCGUGCAAAAAUUUUUAACCGCAAAUCCUCGCCCCAAUAACUUUAAAGAUAAUCGACCUGGAGAUGGAUGGUUAAAACAUAGACAGCACAUACCUAACGAUGGUGAUCUAUUUAUAUGUCACAACUGCUUCAAUCUGCAGGAUAGUGAUUCCGAUGCUAAUAACAGUAACCAAGACAGUGAGGAUGAAGAUAUUGACGAACUUUUCACUCAAUACAAAGAAGCACAGAAGCAAUUAUAA